AUGCACCCCAACUUCCCGACCGCCCUCCUCUUCUCCGUGCUCGCCAUUCCCGCCCUCUUCGCCCUCAGUCACAUCUCGUUCCCCCAUCCACCCACCCAGUCCGGAUUGCGCAUCUAUCCUGGCAUCGACGCGUUACCCGCAGGUCCGGUCCGCGAUCGCGCUCUGCAAAUAUACGGAGAGGACUACUGGACCGGCGGAGGCUGGUUCAACGGUCCGUUUGGCCGGGUACGAUAUUGGCUUCUUGGUCCCGAAAAGGGCAAGAAGAUCGUACUUAUACAUGGACUAUCUGUUCCCGCGAUUAUCUGGAAAGACGUUGCACCGUACCUGGUGAAGAAAGGAUUCCGUGUGCUCGUAUAUGAUCUCCUCGGUCGCGGUUACAGCUCCGCGCCAGACGCGACCGAAACAUCGUACACAGCAGCAUUGUACGCCACACAGCUCGCUUUGCUCAUGCAACAUAUCGGCUGGCAGAAGGCUAAUAUAGCUGGCGUGUCUAUGGGCGGUGGCAUUGCUGCCGCCUUCGCUGCAUAUUUCCCAGCCCUGAUUGACGAGAAGGUAGCACUAGUAUGUCCAGCUGGUCUUCUCGAGGCGAGCGAGAUCCCGAGGACCAUGAGAUUCAUGAGCGCCCCCCUCCUGCAAACCGUCACAAACAGCCCUCCCAUCCGCUACUAUCUCCAUCGCCUGGCAUCAUCGCGUGCAGACGUUGCCGCUAAGGAGCAGAAAGCUGACAUUGCAGAGUCUUCCGCGCAGCUCGUUCGCAUUCAGAGCGCUCUUCUUCCAGGCUACAAUGCUGCCAUUGCAUCGUCUCUCAGAGAGGGUCCGGUCCGUGGUCAACGUGCGUCUUACGAAGCUCUGGGGAAGAGCGGCAAGGAUGUGCUACUGGUUUGGGGUACGGCGGACACAGUUGUGCCCUUUCACCAUGCGGUCGACGUACAAGGCAUGGUACCUCAGGCCAAAUUGGUGACGAUCGAAGGUGGCCCUCACGACAUAACAUUGACUCAUCCCGACCAAGUCGGCACGGCUCUCGUGGACUUCUUCGUCCGCUAA